AUGGACUCAAAAAAUCCACCAGCUCUUCCUCCACGUAAAUCUGAAUUUUCGGGAGGAAAACCACAAACACCACCUGCCUGGCUUGUUUCUCUAACACGUCAUAACCAAGGAGAAUAUAACCACCCUCAUGAAUUUCUUUUAUCAAAACGCUUUAACAGAGAAGAUAUGACUGUUUUUAUAUGUAAAAAGUGUCAUAAAUGGUUUAGACUCAAGGCUGAUUUACCUGAAAGUCUUGAUUUGAAUAAUCGAUCGAAUCCAGAGCCAGGCUCUUGUAUUAAAAAUCUUGAAAACAAGUUACAUCAUCUUCAUACAACCAUGUCAGAUGAUUCUCGUACUUUAAAUGCACAUUGUUGUUUAUGUAGUUUUGUUAUAAAAGUUGAUAUUGAUGAACCAUUGAUCGAUAUCCAGAUUUUUGAUGCAUUACAAAAAUCAAGGCAGCACUAUUCGACAAAGACUAACGUCACUGAAAAUGAAUCACAACCAGAUUUCAAUCGUACCAUUGUAUCCCUUGGACAACUUCUUGACAACGCGAUAAAUGAGAAUAUGACUCCAUUGCCAAUGGGAGGAAUACACGGGGAUUUUUAUAAAACAAACAUUGGCUGGGAUAAUGCGAGCCAGGCUUUAUUAGAAAAAAUCGGGUACAAAAAAAACAAUAAUCAAUUCGAAUACGCCAUUUUUAAAGGUCGCAAACGAAUUAUUUCACAGGCAAAAGAAGAAUUAGAUAUGCAACACAUGGAAUUUACUAAUUUUCAAAAAAGUGAUUAUUUAAAUCCUUACGAUACGUUGGCAAAUAUUCUUGGAACAAAAUAUAAACGGCAUAAUGACCCAUCUCAGUCUACUUUCAAUCCCGUAUCUAUAACAUGUUCAACACAAGCUAGUGGCUAUUCAAUCCUUGGUUGUGUUUCAGAUAUGGAAGACGAUAUUUUGAAAUGGGCUUAUCAUAUAGGAAUUUAUGAUUUUCCAGAAAAAACUCCUCAAUAUUUACAAGCUAUACAUGAAUUAUCUUUGGAAAGAAAGAGCGAUUCUUUGUCUACGCUAGUAGGUGUUGAAAAAUCACGAGUUUCAAGUGCGAUGACCAAUAUUGUACAUUACGUAAAAGCUGAUACUCAUGACAUAAUUGACUUGUUUUACGCUUAG